AUGUCACCCGCAUCAGCCUUGAGGCCUAAAGACUUGCCAAGAGACACUGUCUCCUCGUCUUCGGGUUCAUCUGUGGCGAAAUUCUUAAAUUCCUUGUCAGAGACGCAUUCAUGCCACAGCUUCCUCCAUGCAGAAUUCAGGGUCCUCCUCGUCACAUUAUCGAGGGAGCAGGAAGCCUUCCUGAUUCGCGACUUUGACGCGCCCAGUCAAGUCGACCAAGCCCAGCAUCUGACGGGACCCAGCAGCAGUAGCAGCAGUUGCUCCACUUACUCCACUCUUUGCUACUGCCUUCCCUCUGAGACGCCAGCUCACUCCUGCAGCUUUCAGCUCACUCCUGCAGCUUCCAGCACUCCUGCAGUUUCCAGCUCACUCCUGCAGUUUCCAGCUCACUCCUGCAGCUUCCAGCACUCCUACCGCUUCCGGCUCACUCCUGCAGCUUCCAGCACUCCUGCAGUUUCCAGCACUCCUGCAGUUUCCAGCUCACUCCUGCAGUUUCCAGCUCACUCCUGCAGCUUCCAGCACUCCUACCGCUUCCAGCUCACUCCUGCAGCUUCCAGCGCUCCUGCAGUCUCCAGCUCACCCCAACCUGUUCCAGCACCCGCUGACGAUCUAAUCCAGUGCCCACUGACGUCCAGCGCCCGUUAA